AAUUACAGCGCAUCGGAUAUUCGCUACUUCGAAGAUAUUUUUGAAAUUUUCCCGUUUUAACUGGUCAGUCGCGGAUGGUAUAUAAAUUUUGACAAUGGAAAGACCACGGUUUAAACCAAUUUUGGCAGUGCGCUCGGCCAACAAGUAACAUCAGAAGAGUAGAGCAGAACUGAUCGCAUCAGAGCGUAGUAGUCUAAAUUUUACCGUAAAACACAUGUUCAAUCGCAGUCUCAUGAAUUCCAUAACAGAGUCAAAUGGUAUUCCAGCAUUGCUGCUGACGGUGGUGGUAUUAUCGCUGACGCCGCUAGUGUAUAGCUUUGGCAAUGAGUAUGUUCACAUUAAGGUGCAUGUGCCUAAAGAUCAGGUGCCGAGCAUCGGUGCGGAGCAGCCACCCAAGGUAAUCCAUCACUUUCACCACCAUGCGCCACCGCAUAUAAGGUCGCGCGAACGUCCUCCUUUAAAGACCAAAACAAGCCCCUUGCUGGAAAGCGUCAUACUGUCGGAUCUGGAUAAGCCGCUGCACAUGAGUGAGCAUGCGGACUACUUGAACCAUGCCAAGGAACUGGCUGAGCAUCUCAGCGAAGCCUAUGCGGCCAAGAAGCCACCGCCGUCACCGCCCAAGAAGAAGGUGAACACCUAUACGAUCAUCGAGGAGAAGCAUCGACCCAGCAGCUACGAAUACGAGUCUCGACCAGACCAUGCCGUGGAUACAUAUCACGUGAUCGACAGCCGACCUCAGCAGCAUCAUACACUUCAUCAUCACAAGCACUCACAUCAGCUGGACGACAACGACGACGAUGUGGGCUAUCACUAUGCCUCACCUGCGCGCCAGCAUCUCCACAAGCCAACCUCCUCUCUGUUGUACCAUGGCGGAGGAUAUGCAGAGCCAGCGCCGGUUGAGGAACCAUUGGAUUUAGAGCAGGGCUACAGCUACUCGCCGCCUAGCUUUGCCCACGUCAAGACGGCUCGUGCGCCUGCCCACACACUGGAGGUGCCCCAAGAGUCCUCCCUGGACAGUACAUACCCCUACGACUCUAGGAGCACCAGCAGUUUCAGGCCAUCGCCUCAACUGCCAGCGCAGCCGAAUGCAUACGAGGAUGAUAUAGAUUCAUAUGUUCCGCCAAUACAAUCGCGUCGCCGUCGACCCGCCUCGGUGGAUUGGCCAAGUCGCACAGUAUAUAAGAAUAUUGCUGCAGAGACUUACAGCGGUGCCGACAGCUACAACGUUGGACACGUCCAGGGCGUGGGCAGCAGCGGAUACCAAUAUCCCGGACCCUACAUCUAAUCUUAAUAAUGUUUAAUCCUAGUUUAAUGCUAA